AUGCUGGAAACUCUGAAGAAAGAAGAGCUACACAGUCAGUACCUUCGGAAUCAAGAAGGAAUGCCAAAAUAUCAGGUUGCCAAGCCACACCAUAAACAAAAACAAAAAAUGAAGAAAAGAAAUAGGGCUCACUUACAUGUAUCUCCCCACCACCUUAGGAGAAAAAAAAUAAGCUCUUCAGCUAGAGGAGCAGGAGCUGGAAAAUCAUUAGCUGAUGGAUACAAUGAUAGUUCGGUCUCUGACCAGAGUUCUCUGCAGAAUGCAACAGUCCAAGGUCAGCCUCUUGAGAAAGAAGACCGCGGCAAUUCUCAUAAAUUCGAUUCCUCCAGAUUAUCUGAGCGAGGGCGUGGCAGGAAACAGAAGAUCUAUGAAACAGAUGAAUUUAUUGAUUACAUGUUAAACUACUAUCAACCUCCAAACUAUGCCCAUAUCUGCCUAGAACCAAGUGGCCCAGAAAGCACGCGUCAGUGGCAGAGGGCUGUCCAUGCUAAGAGAAAUGGAUUUCAAGUCACUUUGAGAAAAUGUAACCAUCACUCCACCAGCCUGAGCCCAGUGCAAAACCUGGCAACAAGACGACAGGCUCGAAAAGAUGAUGGCUGCUCAGAGAUUUCUACUCAGGGUCCUGAGCAUAAACCACAAAAGAGAGGAAGAGUGGAUUAUGCCAAAGAAAGUCGCAAGGAGUUAAAUCAUUGCAAGGACACAGCCAGUGAGGCUGGUAGUCAUUUGUCCCCAACUGAUGGAAAGAGCCAUCUGUCGGAAGAGAUUUAUGCUUAUGAGGUCAGAGAUUCCAGAUCCACCAGUCAAAGCCGGGAUUCCUCACCCAACAGGUCAGCAGACUUAGAAAUGGAGUUGACCGAUUUCUUAGAGGAAAUUAGUAGUGAUUCUGAAUGCUUCAGUGAAAUCCUUAGCAUAAAGAAAGAAGACCAUGAGAAAUCUGUGACUACAUCUGAUAGCUCCCCAGAAAAAAGAUCUCUUGAUGCUGCUGAAAUUAUCACUAGCGAUCAAGAAAUUAGGUCAAGUCCGCAGACCUGGUGUUCAGAGCGGAACCGCGAGGGGGAGGAACGCUACUCUAAAUAUGAGCUUUGGAAACCAGUCAAGAGGUCCAGGUAUGAGCUGACAUGCUCAUGGCUUGAAGGUGAAAACGGUUCCAUGAGAGGUGAGAAGAACAACAGCCAAAACAGGGAAACACUGGCCCCCAAAUAUUUGUUUGAUGAAGGCUACUACCGUGGAUCCAGCCCCAGUGAUCUAUUAGACGACAUGGUAAGAAAGAGGAGGUUCGACGAUAGCACAUUGGGCCAGAACGUGAACUAUAGGCCCCCUCAUGUGCCAAUAACAUCAUCAAACAGCGCUGAUGUUUUCUACUUGGGGGGUUUCCCCCAAAGAAGAGAGACCCCCUGGAGGCCAGACUACAACCAGGAGGCGAGAAGGUUCAAAAGAUAUGAGAAUUCUAAAGAUUUCAUGCUGAAUUCUGAUAAUUAUUAUGUUAGACAUAACAGUCAGGAGCACGCGGACUAUGGAAGCUAUUUACAAAAUGGCUACACUAGUCCUCUGUAUUUUCAAAUGUUUUGAAGUUCUCUCAGUUCAGAAAACGCUCUCAUUCGCAGUAAACAACUUGCAAGAAGAAAAUUUAAAACCAAAUAUAGCGAUGUAGUUGGCAACUACAGAGCAAGAGAGCGACACUUAAAAGCUUGAGCAAGGUCAAAUGCAAAAACCUUGUUUCUCUUGCCAAAGUAUAAAGCAUCAAUGACUGCCAGUGUGCUGGCAAACUUUAGAAAUAGAAAACAUCCAGAUUCUGAAGGUUGGUAAAACAGUGUGCCCGCAAAACUUCUUGAUCCGAGGACAGACAUUUCUACAGUUCAGCCGUGACUUUAACUGGGUGCCAGUGAGGGAGCAGAUGAACGUUGAGAGGAGUUGAGAUGGCCCCCUGUGGCUCUUUAGCUGUUCUAACAGCAUCAUUUAGUGUCAUUUAUCUUCGAAAGGGACAACAGCGAAUGAAAGAAGGUCUUUUUAUACCUUCUUAGCCUUGGUCAGAAACACCACGUGCAGCGACGAAACUUUCCUGACUUUUAUCCAGAAAUGGCUGUAGGUGACAGAAGGGAUGACAGCGAGGACAUACCAGAGACUCCUUCACAACAUCGGAAGGUUACGGGACCACCCACCAGAGGGAAAUUAAUCUUUUAAAUGUGUUCAUAGUACUCAAAGAGUUGUCCUUUUAGAAACAAAAUUUGGAAGACAAAACUAAAAGGGGCUCAGAUUGUCCCUUGACGUUUAAACGGAUGGUGGACCAUUUGCAGAGUUUUGUUUUUUUUUUGUUUUUGUUUUUGUGUGUGUGUUUUUUUUGAAGAACCCCACGUCAUUCCAUCCUAGAAGAGCAAGAGAAUGGAAGUAAAAGAACCAGUGGGAUUUGCAAAAGGAAAUGCCGAAAGAUCCUGGGGCACCGAUACCAGCACUUUGGGAGGACAGGACGUGGCAGUAUUUCAUUUCAGGUUAUGUAAUCCUUUCACUCAGGGUUGGGUGACAUCAGGUUGUAAAAAGCCGCCGACUAUCCCCAAACUGACUUUUGAUAACACGUUUAACAAGUGCCUCCCCAAUCCUCAAUAACGCCAUGGAGUUAGGAGUCGAGGGCAAAGCCCUAGUUUUCCAGCUGGGGGAAAAAUGGUACGUGUGAAGGCUUUGUAAACUUGUAACAUAAGCGGUUUCUCUUUUUACCUACUGGUUUUGGACUUCUUGACUAUGUUUUUAAAUUGAGAUAUUUUAUAGAUUCAUAAAGACUUACAUCUUAACGCAGUGCAUGUUCUAUUAAAAGCUCGGCUGAUUCAUUCCGCCUUAUAUAGGAUUUAGGACCCUCAGGGGCAGUAGGUGACCUUUUUUUCCCACCCCCAGCCAAGCUAUCCCUGACUCGGCAGUUGAAGACAUCAACGAGAUCAGACCGGCUGCAGGACGAAAGGGUGAUUUUCAUUCACAGAAGUAGUGGAAGGCAAACAUUUCCCUGUGACAUGAUUCAUUUCAGUCUUAACUGGAUAUUCUGUGGAAAAGUACCAGCCAGUAGAGCCAAGGUGGAAUGCCAGUCAGUGUGGUUGCCCUGAGUGACGAGGCACGUUACGUGCUCAUAACCAGCCAGCCACUCGAGCAACCUGAUCUCUAAAGGGGCCACAAGAUCUUCUAAGUUACCGGAAGUAAGAACCACACGUUGUUUCAUUGAUCUCUUCUCCUCCCAUUUAAGAGAGCUACGCUAGUACAUGCAAAAGUUUACAAGUAAUGUAGCGGAUUGUGUUUAUCAUUAAGGAGAUGAUAACCAACGGACGAUUCGUUGGUUCUCUUGUAUUCGGUUCCACUUUCAACCUAGUGACUCUGCCGUUAAAACUAGGUUUGGCUUGUCAAAUCUGAAAAAUCGUUUCGUGGGGUGAGUGCCUUUUCUCCUCUGAAGACUAGCAGUGACUAUUAAUGUUCAAAGUACUGUUGUCCAGAGUAGCCUUUUAAAGUGCUAAGAGCUUGUAUUUUGCCAGACAGCUUUUGGUAACUACGUAUUUUUCUCCUCCUCUGCCUCCUUCUUUUUUCAUGCUCCAUGCCAUUGAAACCAAGAACACUAUGGGCUCGUAAUGGAAAGCAGUUAUGGUUGUUUGGAAAACAAAUCUUCAUUUCUGCUGUCAUUAGAUAAUUUUUCUUUGCAGAGAUUUUUGGGCAUGAAAACAAUUUGCUGCUCAGUGACCAGGCAUAAAAAAGAAAUUGCAGAAUACAGCAUGUGCAAUUUUUUUUUUUUUUUUUUUUUUUUUUU